CACGAUUCAGGCCGUUCACUCAGUCUUAGUUCUUUGCGAGUGAAGUGAAGCAUCUAUUCACAAGGCGACAAAUGUUAAAUCUUGCCUAAUCCGAGUCUCAUCCAGCAGACAAUCACUUCCUGGGCGCGACGCGAUGCCUGCAGGUCAUCACGGUUGACAGAGAUCGCAGAGUUGAAGUCGGCGCACCGGCCAGCGUGAACGGCGUCCAGAACCACCGCAUUCCCGAUCAUCAACGUCUCCUCUUCCAACCGCGCGACCAGUCGACCACUGAAGUCAUGGCGAGCAUCGAACCCUACAAUCAUAUCGACCCUCAGCUACGUACCUCUUCAUUGAGUAGUCCUCCAAGACCCCGCGAACCACAACACUACCCGAACGGUGUGCCGGCUGCCUAUUCGCCAUUACAACCAUCGCCCAAUCCUUCUUACCAGAGUAUCCAAACACCGAGCUACUACCCUCAGAAUCCACAGACACAUGAAAGCCCCGAGGAUGCGAGUCCCUUGGGGAACCCAGCUGAUCCGAAUGAUCUCAAGAGACCACGCGCCUGCGAGGCUUGUCGACAGCUGAAGGUCAAAUGCGAACUGGAUGACAACAGUCCAUCAGGUUCAUGCAAGAGGUGCGCCAAGGCAAACAGACAAUGCAUUGUAACUGCGCCAAGCAGAAAGAGACAAAAGAAGACGGAUAGUCGUGUUGCCGAACUGGAAAGAAAGAUUGAUGCACUGACUGCGACUUUGGCCGCACAAGGCGGCGCUGAUGGAGAUGUCACAGUAGAUCCUGCCAGAUCGCAGAGUCAAAUACAGCCUCCUAGGCCUCCACCCUACGGAGAGCAAUGGCAUGGUCCACCGCCGCCUGUCACGAGUCUUUCUCCGCAACAAGCUCAACAAGGGAUCAAGAGGAAGAUCGCUGACUACGAUUACUUUGGUGGCGAAUUACACAAAUCGUCAUCGCCCUCGUUCAAGUCCACUGGGUCCGCAUCUCACUAUCAACCCGUCAUGUCGGAGAAUAGCAGGCCGAGGAACGAUUCGGAUGAACUACCACCCCUUGAUCUGGUAGAUCGUGGUAUUCUCGAUUUGAACACCGCUAGGAAAUGCUUUGAGCGAUACAUGGCAGAGAUGUGCGAGCAUCUACCACUUGUCGUGUUUCCACCUGGCACCAAUGCGGAUGAUGUUCGCAAGAACAAGCCUGUCUUGUUCCUAGCCAUCUGCGCCGUCGCGUCCGGUACCAUCCGACCAGACAUACAACCCAGAUUGAUCAGUGAAAUCACGAGAGCUUUGGCAGAUCGAGUCAUUUUCCGAGGAGAGAAAUCGCUCGAACUCGUUCAGGCGAUUCAAGUCACGACAUGCUUCUACCAGCCUCCCGAAAAGUAUGAAGAGUUAAACUUUAAUCAGCUCAUUCAUAUUGCAGCAGUAAUGGCCAUGGACCUCGGAAUGGGCAAACGUUCCAAACGGGGAGGCCCGAACAUGUGGAGGCCAUACAACGAGAACAAACGACCUUUGAGCGACCCCAACAGUGCAGAGACUCGGCGAUGUUGGUUGGGAUGCUACUACAUGUGCUCGAAUUCCUCCAUGUCGUUGCGACGUCCAUUGCUUCCUCGAUGGAGCCCUUAUGCGGAUGAAUGUGUGGAAAUACUGAACACAGCAUCAGAUGCUCUGCCAUCGGAUAAAGCGCUAUGUCAUCUAGUUCGUGCUCAACACAUGGCCGAAGACAUCGGCAUGGAAUUUUCAAUGGACGACCCGCUCUCUCAUUUGACACUGACCGAUCAAAAGACUCAAUAUCAUCUCAAAAACUUUGAACGCCGAUUGAAAGAAUGGCACGAUACCGCCGGCCCCGAUAUGCUGAUGAAGCCCAUCAUACAGCAUACUGAGGGAAUCAUUAAUCUAUACAUGCACGAAAUUGCUAUGCAUCACAAUCACAAUAUCGACGACUUCCGACCCCCAUUUAAUGCCACCCCUAUCGAGGGACCUCCAGACCCUGACAAUGUGACGCCAGCCCAUAUUGAAGCAUUAACCACUUGUAUACAUUCCGCGCACGCAGCUUUCGAUGCGUUUUUGAGCAUGGAUGUCAAGAUGCUCCGGGCCUUGCCGACACUUUUCUUCGUUAGGUCAUCGUACGCUGCUGUGGCGUUGAUCAAGUUGUACUCGGCUGUUUCGGCAAAGGGCUCCAAAUUCGCGCAGAUUUUCAAGACGAAAGAUCUCAAAGUCGAGUACUAUCUUGACCGCAUGAUUGAUAUGUUGACACAGACAUGUGAGAACGGCAUGAGCAGGGUUGCUCACAAAUUCAGCCUGAUCUUCAAUAUGCUGAAGAGCUGGCAUAUGAAGCGGAUGGAGCCGAUCAAUAACGGGCGUAGUCGCGUCCCCAAACAACAUGCUCCGGCGGGAAAAACGAUCAGCCAGCCUGUGUACAAGGCAGUUCCGCCACACCAAGAGCCAACAGGCUUGGGCUGGAACCCACAGAAUCGAGCUUCCAUGGACCAGAAUACUCAAGCGCAUCAACAAGCGAGAAACGGUCUGCAGAUGCUCUCGGAUGCAGCCAUGGGUCCAGGACCAGCACCACCAGCGGUGAUGCCACAGCCUCAACAAUGGAUUCAGCCUAUGAGUCAGCCUCAGAUGUUGCCGGGCGUUACAGAAAUUGGUAUGCAUAACCAAGGCAUGAUGCCUUACGGUAUGCCGGGCCAGGAACUCGGUCCUAUGGAUUUCACGUCCGACGAGCUCAUGGCGUUUGGGUUCGGUGAUGAAUUCCUCGCCAUGAAUUUCGGAUUUGAGCAGGGAAAUUGGAUAUAAUUCGUCGGCUUUACCCUCCUUGCAGCACAGCAUGAGAUUGUGGUCGUUGAACGCUGUGCUGUUGGAGAGUGAACUGCAGGGGCAGUGCAGGGGCAGGGGCAGUGGUGAGGGCGGUAUUAAUGAUGAGUUUCUUAUGUUUUGUUCUGUAUAAAUUCCCUUUUAUGCUUUUAUGAUUUUCAUGGUGCUUACGGCCACUGAAGCUAGCAAAGAUGCAGCCAGCAUACGGAUGAGUUGAUGAUUGAGCUUUUGCGUUGGGCUGUUUAUGUUACCUUUACGGAGUAUUGUCACAGUCAAUAGUUACCAUGUCAGAGUGAGAUGGAGUGCUCGAAAUUCAAAUACAUGACAAGCUUUGUCCAAGCCGGACUUUACGG